AUGGCAGCAAUUAGUUUGUUAAAUCCAAAAGCCGAAGUUGCAAGAGCAUCUCAAGCAUUAGCUGUUAAUAUUUCUGGAGCUAAAGGAAUCCAAGAUGUGAUGAAAACUAAUUUGGGGCCGAAAGGAACCAUGAAAAUGUUGGUUUCUGGAGCUGGAGAUAUAAAAAUAACUAAAGAUGGAAACGUAUUGUUGCACGAAAUGCAAAUCCAGCAUCCAACAGCAUCUUUGAUAGCAAGAGCAUCAACAGCUCAGGAUGAUAUGACUGGAGACGGUACUACAACGACCGUACUUAUUAUUGGUGAGCUGAUGAAGCAAGCUGAUUUAUUCAUUUCCGAGGGUUUACAUCCCCGAAUAAUAACCGAAGGUUUUGAGUUGGCAAGAGUUAAAACACUCGAAGUAUUAGAAUCGCUUAAAACUCCAAUUGAGUGUACUAAAGAAGGACUUAUCGAUGUUGCUAAAACAUCUCUGAGAACUAAAAUUCAUCCCAAAAUUGCGGACAAGCUUGCGGAAGUAUGUGUUGAUGCAGUAUUAGCAAUCAAACAGGGCGACCAGCCUAUUGACUUGCACAUGGUCGAGCUUAUGGAAAUGCAGCACAGAACAGCAGCUGAUACCACAUUGGUACGUGGUAUUGUUAUGGACCACGGUUCAAGACACCCCGACAUGCCGAAGAGAAUUGAAAACGCGUACAUACUUACGUGUAAUGUAAGCUUGGAGUACGAAAAAACUGAGGUCAACAGCGGAUUUUUCUACAAAACCGCUGAAGAGCGUGAAAAGCUUGUUGCUGCUGAACGUGAAUUUAUUGACAACCGCGUCAAGAAAAUAAUUGCUUUGAAAAAAAAAUUAUGUACAGGCAAUGACAAAGGCUUUGUUAUUAUCAAUCAAAAGGGAAUUGACCCACCAUCUUUGGAUGCACUCGCUAAAGAAGGAAUCAUGGCUCUUCGUCGGGCUAAGCGUAGAAAUAUGGAACGUUUAGCGCUCGCUUGUGGUGGGACUGCUGUUAAUUCUGUUGAUGAUUUGCAGGAAGAUUCUUUGGGAUGGGCUGGUCUUGUUUACGAACACGUUCUCGGCGAAAACAAAUAUACCUUUGUUGAGGAUUGUAAAAAACCAAAUUCAGUAACAAUUUUAUUGAAGGGGCCUAAUAAGUAUACAUUGGUACAACUUAAAGACGCUGUCCGUGAUGGUCUUAGAGCUAUUAAUAAUGCCAUUGAAGACAAGGCUGUUAUUCCUGGAGCUGGUGCCUUUGAAGUUGUUGCUAGUCGCGCUCUUUCACAAUACAAAGAACAGGUCAAAGGAAAAUUACGGUUUGGAAUUCAAGCUUACAGUGAAGCACUUCUUGUUGUUCCUAAAAUUCUUGCUGUCAACAGCGGAUUUGAUCCUCAAUACACAAUUGUGAAGCUUCUUGAAGAAAGCGCCACUCUUGGUGAACCCGUUGGUUUGGAUAUUAACUCUGGAGAAGCUAUCAAACCUAGCGAUAUGGGCAUUUACGAUAAUUACAUCGUUAAAAAACAAAUAAUCAACUCCUGCACUGUUAUUGCAAGUAAUCUGUUACUUGUUGACGAAAUAAUGCGAGCUGGUCUGUCAUCAUUGAAGGGAUAA